GCCAGCCGCACGCCUCGGCGUCAGGGGCAUGGAGGAGCGGCGGGCUCCGAGCCGCGCCCCGGAGUCCCCGAAACUUCCGAGCGGGCGCCCGUCCGCGCCGCUGCCGCCGCCGCCGCCGCUUCGCCUGCCGGCCUGAGAGCGGGACCAUGGAUGAAAGGUUCAACAAGUGGCUGCUGACGCCGGUGCUCACUCUCCUCUUCGUGGUCAUCAUGUACCAGUACGUGUCCCCCUCCUGCACCAGCUCCUGCACCAACUUCGGGGAGCAGCCCCGCGCGGGGGAGGCCGGCCCGCCCGCCGCCCCGGGUCCCGCCCGCCGGGCACAGGCGCCGCCGGAGGAGUGGGAACGGCGGCCCCAGCUGCCCCCGCCGCCCCGGAGGCCGCCCGAGGGUCCUCGGGGGGCCGCGGCCCCAGAGGACGAGGACGAGGAGCCGGGGGACCCGGAGGAGGAGGAGGAGGAGGAGGAGGAAGAGGAGUCGGACUCCGAGGCCCCCGAGAACGGCUCCCUGCCCCGGUUCGUGCCGCGCUUCAACUUCACCCUGAAGGACUUGACCCGCUUCGUGGAUUUCAACAUCAAAGGGCGCGACGUGAUCGUGUUUCUGCACAUCCAGAAGACCGGGGGCACCACGUUCGGCCGGCACCUGGUGAAGAACAUCCGGCUGGAGCAGCCGUGUAGCUGCAAAGCCGGCCAGAAGAAGUGCACCUGCCACCGGCCCGGCAAGAAGGAGACCUGGCUCUUCUCCCGCUUCUCCACCGGCUGGAGCUGCGGGCUGCACGCCGACUGGACGGAGCUCACCAACUGCGUGCCGGCCAUCAUGGAGAAGAAGGACUGUCCCCGCAACCACAGCCACACCAGGAAUUUCUAUUACAUCACAAUGUUGCGGGACCCGGUGUCGCGUUACCUGAGUGAGUGGAAACACGUGCAGAGAGGGGCCACGUGGAAAACCUCCCUCCACAUGUGUGACGGAAGGAGCCCCACCCCGGAUGAGCUGCCUACCUGCUACCCUGGGGACGACUGGUCUGGAGUCAGCUUGCGGGAGUUCAUGGAUUGCAGCUACAAUUUGGCCAACAACCGCCAGGUGCGCAUGCUGGCCGACCUCAGCCUGGUGGGCUGCUACAACUUGACUUUCAUGAACGAGAGUGAACGCAACACCAUCCUGCUGCAGAGCGCCAAGAACAACCUGAAGAACAUGGCCUUCUUCGGGCUCACCGAGUUCCAGAGGAAGACGCAGUUUCUCUUUGAGAGGACAUUCAACCUCAAGUUCAUCUCCCCCUUCACGCAGUUCAACAUCACGCGGGCUUCCAACGUGGACAUCAACGAGGGGGCCCGCCAGCGCAUCGAGGAGCUGAACUUCCUGGACGUGCAGCUGUACGAGUACGCGAAAGAUCUCUUCCAGCAGCGCUACCACCACACCAAGCAGCUGGAGCACCAGAGGGACCGCCAAAAGAGGCGGGAGGAGCGCAGGCUGCAGCGGGAGCACAGGGGCCACCGGUGGCCGAAGCAGGAUGGGGCCGCAGAGGGGACUGUCACUGAGGACUACAACAGCCAGGUGGUGAGAUGGUGACCCCCUGCCCUCUCCUCGCUCUCUCUCUGGGAGGGGGAGGAUGAGCCGGCACGUUGCCCUUCUGUUGCAUUACCUUGGGGAGCACUUGGGCCAUGCUGAGGACAUCUGGCUGUAUGUGCCUGAUGUGGACACCUGCUUCCUCUUUGUCUUCAUUUUUAUCCAGCUGGAGAUUAUCCGUCUCGUUCUUUUGUUUUUCUCUGCAUUUUUCAAUCAGUGAUGUGAAAUAGGGUGGGACUACGUCCAGUAGAGCCCGCUUUGGAAGGUCAAGGAGAGAAGCAUCAAAAAGGAAACAUUCCCGGAGAUCUCUGCGGUGGCAGAGGUUAUAGUUUGGGUUAACUGGAACCCACAGAAGCUCACGAGAAAACCCAAAUGACGGCUUGGACGUUCUGCUGAGACUGGUCUGUUACAUACUGUCUCUGUCCUGAGAAUAUUUAAAGAGAGAGAAAGGGAAGAACAUUUCAGCCCUUAGAUGAGGUUUUAUGGCAACCCCUGCUUGGCCGUCGGCUCUCCUCUUUGAACUCUAUUGGAUUGCUAUUUAAAACAAAAGUAAUGUGUUUUGUUGUUGCAGUUGUUUUUAAAGAAAAUGACCCCACUGUUGACCAUUGCUAGAGACCCACAUCCUAAGCCAUGCUAACCCCGCUCCCCCAAUCAUUUAGGGAACAGGGAGUGGAUAAAGGACAGGGGAGGUUGUGGCCCCUGAGAAAUGAACAUUGGUGGGACAUUUAGGGCAAAACUUGCUUAUUUGCUGAUGCCUAAGGAAAUCACGCUUUACCAAUUUUUAUUUUCAACGUGAGUAAUGACUGACAAAUUAAGGGAGAGAAAAAUUAUCAGGAGGAUCAAUAUAUGUCUAACAUUUCCAAACUGGCUGCAGAACCUGAGUGUUUAAAGGAAUAUUCCAGGGUUUUUAACCUCUUUAGAGCAGUCUUAUUCUCUGAUAUGGUCCUGCCAGGCUUGAAAUUCUGCUAGCACAGAGGAAAAGUUGUUUAAAAAGAGCUCGACCAUGCUUAGGCAGCAUGUAUAAAAAUAUAUAUUCGAGGUCACUAAAUGAAUAAUAACUCUGAUGUAGGCCAGGAGACAUGGAACACCAUUAAUGGGACAGUUAUCCCAGGAGUUGAGACAGACUCUACCUCCCAACAUCGUAACUAUCUCCAGCCUGAUAACUUUUUGUUUUUCUACAUGAUCUUUACGUGUUGUUAGACUGUGGCAACCGCCAGCAAAUCAGGCUAGGGUGUUUAAAACUGGACCAAAAAAUGUGCUGCAUUGCCAAGUGCCCCUUAGAGUCACCCCUUCCCAAUCACAACUGCCAUCACGAGAAAUUUGUUGAAUAAUAAGGAAGAAGUAUGGAAGGGGGAAGAGAAAGCCUUUGCAAGCGUUUGUUAGGCAGAUCAGAGCAGGUGGAAAGUUUCACAACAGAUUGAUCUGAUCAAUCCCUUCAAGGAGCUGAGGGCAAAAUGAGUGAAACUCCUCAAUCAGAUUGAAAAGCCUAUUUCAUUGAUAUCCCACAUGUUUGAUGUUUAAGCCAGCUUUGCGUAAGCCACUUCUCAGCCUCCAGAAUACUCUCUCUGGGAUUGAGUCAGUCAACCCCUAAGCAUUCAUGGAUUGUCUACCUGCACGGUGGGGGUUGGUGGGGGGAGCAGUGUCUCCAUCCAACAGAGAUCUGGAGGAACUUCCCUCACUGCCCAAGAGAAGACAUUACUGGGUGGUUCCCUUGGGCCAAGAACCAAGGUUGGCCCUUUUCUCACCUUAAAUACAUUCUGCACAACAAGGUAGGUAUAGUUAGUCCCAGUUUCUUAGAUGAGAAAGGUGGAGCCCGCAGACAGUAAGUGGCUUCCUCGCAGAUUGCAAGCUAGGUCCAGCUGACUGCAAGGUGCAAGCUCUUUUGUAGUCCAUCAUGUUGUCCAUAUGCGUUAAGGGCUCAUGCUGCCUAAAGCUUCCUGCCAAUCAUGCAAGAAGCCAUCUGUUAUUGCACAGAAGUGUUUUUCUGUAACCCAUGUGGGUGGCACAACUGUGACAGCAACAAGCUAACAGCACUGACCCAGCACUGUGCUGCCUUGGGUCAGGACCUACCCCGGCCAUGUCACUGACCCUUCAAUGAGCUGAGAGAGUGAUGACUUUUCAGGCAGCUGUACUUCUUAAGCCAUACACAAGGGUGAGUUUUAAAAGGGGCCAAGUAAAUAUUGCCUGUUAGUUGGUAGAGGUUAAGCUCACGAAGUAUUUGUGCGUCCCCUUCUGAUGAUUUGUUCCUAAAGUAGGGAGGGCAGGAGGAUUGUGGCUGGGAUUCAUGAGCAGCGCUCUCUCUCUCUCUCUCUCUCUCUCUCUCUCUCUCUCUCCCUUCACAUUUUGUUCUUAGGAUCUAAUGUUCUGCCUAGAAUAGCAGGGCUGCAAAUUAUCCCUCUGCCUGCCACUGUGACACACUCACACGCAUGCACACACAAUAACAACCCGGUGUUUUGUCAUGUGGAAAAUCAAAACAAGUUAGAAAGCACUCGAAUUGUUUCUUUUUAACUCACUUUACAUUUUUGGCAGGGAAUCCGCGCAUAGCAGAGACUUGGAGGCAGCCCCUGCUAACUCCACACUGUUCCUUAGGCACCUCGGGGCUCCUAUCAAAGGCUCCCCCUGCCUUCUGCUGAAGGUGUGUUGUGUGGUUCUCCACUGGAGACCGGGUGCCCGGAUGCUCACAGGAGAAACCAGCUCUUUGUGUUGGCCCAAGGCCAGUGUAGAGCAAAUUAAAAAGACCGACAUGGGCUUCCUCCCUCAUAUCAUUUCAUUCUAAAGCAGUGAGCUUGUCAUAUCCCUGGGGUACUAUGUUGAUCGAAAUGGAGAGGUAGGGAAGCAGUUUGUUCUCUGAAAAUUGACUGCCCACCUACACGCGGAGUGAUGCCAAGGAAGUGAUGCCAGAGGAAGGCACCUGGGCCUGCGGGUCCAUGGAAGUCAGCAGCCUGAAGUCUCAAACCAAGUCACCUCCACAUACAUUAGUGUCAAAAGUCUAAGAAGAGGCAAAAAAACAAAAACAAUAAUCCCCAGGGGUUCCUACAUCUUAUGAACUCCUAUAGUUCCCAGAUAGAUGUUCCUUCCCUUUUCUUGGCAAUGGCAAUGCCAGUGAUCACACUGGGAUGAAGUGUCUUUGUGUACAUGUGUGUGCCUGUGUGUGCCUGUGUGUGUGUGUGUGUGUGUGUGUGUGUUUAAAUUUUAUUAAGGACUAAGAUAUACACUAUUCUGUCUCCUUCUAGCAUUUGGGACCUGGAGAAAACUACCCUGAGAAUUCUCUGGAUACUUGCCCCAAUAAUUGAUAAUAUCAGCAAUCAGUGUCAGAUAGCAGUGAGAAAUAUCAUGUGUUUUAUUAAAAAUUAUAAAGACUUGUUUCUUCUCAUCUAAAGGAGGUAACCUUAUCAUGAACAGUUUGAUCAGAGGUUUGAAAUAUGAGGAUGCCAUUUGGUCAUGCCUUUAAAGAAACUUUUUCAAAAGUCUGAGUGGAGAUAGUAAAACUAUUGAGAAGAAAGUUGCCAAGAUAGACCUAGCAAGGAGGUUAGAAUAGAUCAUUAAAAUUAAAUAUGAAUGUAUUGGGUAAGAUUCCCAUUUAGUGGUUUUAACAGAGAAACUCAAAAUAAGUGAUUUAAGAUUGAAGUUCUUUCUCUGUGAUUGAAAGACAAACUGGUUUGACAGCCCUGGUGUGUGACAUUGCAGAAGCCCAGGCCCUCUUGUUGCUCUUUCAUCUUAAAGUAUAGCCUCUGUUUCCUGGACCAAAUGGUUGCCACAGCUCCUGCCAUCUCAUGUACAUUUCCAACAGGCCAGAGGAACUGAAGGGAAGUUGUAUAUGUUGCUUACAGUCACAUCUCAUGGGCUAGACCCUAGACAUUAGCCACAUCUAGCUGCAAAGAAGGAAAUGUCUUUACUAUUGGUUGCCACAUGCCUUGAUAAGUGUGGAGGUCCUAUUAUUAAAGAAACAGUGUGAAAAUACUGAUUAAAAACUAUCAUUAUCCAACACAAAAGAGAAUCAAAAAACAUUUCAAGUCUUUUCACUGUCAUUUAUUUCAUCAUAUAAUUUGCAAAAGAUAGGAUUAAAAUUUGUCAUUUUGUAUAGCAUUUAAUGGUUUUCAAAGCAUUUUUAUAUUUAGUAUCACAUUUGAUCUUUGUUAAAAUCUUGUGUGUUAAAUACGACCUCUAUUCAUUAUUCCAUUUGACAGUUUGGAAUGGAGAUUCAGACAUGCUGAGAGAUGUCUCAAAGAUUCUAAUUUAUUAGCAAGAAAGUUGCUCAGAGCCCCAGUCUUUCGACUUUGUAGCAUUUCCUGCUAUUUAAUGCUACUCAGCACCAGUAUGGGACUGGCAAUUGCAAGAUGAAAUCUAAAUCUUUAUGGAUUUAUAUCUUCCCUUAUCUUUUUGUGGAACUGCAGUGACUUGGAAAGUGCCAAAGACUGGUCAAGUUGACUCUCAGCCUCCUGCCUCCAGUGAGGGGUCUUUUUUUAGGAAAGAAAUGUCCAAGAAAUGGGCCAUGUUGCAGGGGAGACCAAGAAGCACUCAGACUCAGGGGAGACAUUGAAACACUUCUAGCUGGGUGUCCACCCCAUCCGACCCCAAACCCAUUCAAGAUGAAGGCUGAGGGAAUGUGCUCGCCAUUUCUUAGGGAAGCUCAGUGUUAGAAAUAUUCAGAAUCAGUCGCUGCCUGAUUAGCAAAGCUUAAGGGGUGAUCGAUAUCACCCCUAUUAAAAAAAGUUUCCCUUUCUCUACUUCUUCUUCCCAGCUCCCUGGCAUUUUAUCAGUAAUGUAUUGCUUUAGUCCGCAAAGGUUUAAUUUGGUGUUAAAUGAGUCCCUUUGCACAUUCGCUGGAGAGAGGAAAUGCUUUAAGCUGUCAUAAGCUAGCAUCUUCACGCAGAGAGUUUAUCUGAUUUCUUUCCAGCCGUGACCUCUAGCUGAGAGGAGAGUCCUGUAUAAUGGGAUCACUUAGAGAUGGGAGGUUAGGGAGAGUAAGGGUAAUUGUAGAGGAAAGUGGGCCUCCCUCCUGAAAGGGAGACAGAUCUUUCCAAAACUAAACACAUGCCACGCAAUACUGAAAAACAGAAAAAUAACUAAGAUACAGUUUUUGUCCUCGAGAACAAGGGCAGGCUGGAAACGUGUGGACUGUAAUUCUUAUCGCUAUUUGAAAGAAAUAAAUGAAUGAAGAUGUUGAGACACGAACAGAGCAUUGGGAUGGUUUUAGGGACUGCAGGCUGAUUGAGCUGGAGGAGUUGGAUCAAAGAGAAAGCUGGGUUGAACCUGGCAAGAAUACCCUGAUCUGAUCACAGCUGUGACUCUAAGGUUUUCCUUUCCCAUAGUUUUUGUGCUUCCACUCAUCACCAGAACCCCAGCUGAUCUCUCCAGGCUGGGUAGCAGGGCUGGCCAAGUCUGGGGAUUCUACCCAUUUUGUGUCAUCUGCAAGGAACACAUGCAAUGUGUUCUUUCUCCAGGGCACUCUUGGUUUUCUUUCCCAUCCUCUCCCUCCAUCUCUACUGGACACUAGCCAAUGCCUGCUCUUCUCUCACUGCAUUCACCUGGACACAUCUGAGCUAAUUCCCUGAAACUGUGAAUUAGCCCUUCCGGGCCAGUGGGCGGGUUCUGAGACCUGUGUGUUUUGUAGCCUAAUGGACAGAAUGCACACGGACCCAUCUUCGCAAGAUGCUGACAGAAGCCACCUGCCUUGCAGAGGUGCUGACAUUUCCAGACGACUGGCCUCGCUAUAAACACCAGCAACACCUGCAAGACAAAAGUCCCUGAACUUCCAGGCAAGGACUCAAGGUAACCUAAUAGUACUCCGGAUCUGAGAAAGCGGAUGCCCAGAUGUUUCUUGAGCCUGUGUUCCAAGAUGUCUAUGGAAAAGACUGCGACUGUCAUCUGUUGGUGCACUCAGUGGAACCUCUGUGAGCUACACGUUCUGCUGCACUAUAGGAACUCAUCAAAGGGCCAGAUUGCAAACCCUCGGUUGUUGGCAGGGAAAGUGUUCUGAGGAGCAGAGUUUUGUGUGAUUUGGUCAUUGUCACAUUUGUCUCCCUCUUUCUUGUCAUUUUUUUUAAUCUUGUGGUCAUCUUUUCUUCUCUUUUUUUUCUUCUGGAAGAACUUUCUGUGU